UACGCACAGUUAUGUCACGCGCUGUAACAGAUCUCGUUUCAUGUGAUAUCCCCUAUAUCUACUUUGCUAUCACUAUUACUCUUCAUUCGUCUGAAGGUGUUCUCCAGCUUAUUUCUCAAGAUGAUGCGAGUAGCAGUACUUGUUGCCAUGGUGGCAGUAGGUCUUGGGGCAAUGGUUCCUCAAUUCGACAGCGCCCUUGACAACGAAUGGCAAGAGUACGUCAAAUACCACAACAAACAGUACCAACUGGGCGAAGUGGCGUACAGGCGCGCCAUCUGGGAAAAGAACCUGGCUUACGUGAAUAAGCAUAAUUUGGAGGCCGACCGCGGAGUGCACACGUUCUGGCUCGGCAUGAACAAAUACGGAGACAUGACGAACGAAGAAUUUGUCCGCGUUAUGAACGGCUACAAAAUGGCCAACCGGACAUCCGGUGCCACGUAUCUCCCGCCAAGCUUUGUCACACUUCCGGAUUCAGUUGAUUGGAGGAAGGAAGGUUACGUAACACCAGUCAAAGAUCAGGGACAGUGCGGAUCAUGCUGGGCCUUCAGCUCCACUGGUUCACUAGAAGGCCAAACCUUCAAGAAGACCGGAAAGCUGGUGUCUCUCUCCGAGCAGAACCUCGUCGACUGCUCCACAAAACAAGGUAACCAGGGUUGCUCAGGAGGUUUAAUGGAUCAAGCGUUUACCUACAUCAAGGUCAACAAAGGUAUCGAUACCGAGGGGAGUUACCCGUAUCACGCAGUGGACGAGAAGUGCAAGUUCGAUGCCGCUAAUGUUGGCGCCACAGACACUGGCUUCGUUGACGUCACGUCGAAAAGCGAGGCAGACCUCCAGUCCGCCGUUGCCACGCAGGGGCCAAUCAGCGUCGCCAUUGACGCCUCCCAUUCCAGCUUCCAGCUGUACAGGUCGGGUAUCUACCACAGUAUUUUCUGCAGCCAGACUAGACUAGAUCACGGAGUUUUGGCCGUUGGUUACGGAACCGACAGCGGGAAAGACUACUGGCUCGUGAAGAACAGCUGGGGCACAGGCUGGGGAAUGGACGGCUACAUCCAGAUGUCCCGUAACCGUGACAACAACUGUGGCAUCGCCACAUCUGCCAGCUACCCAACCGUGUAGAGCGCCCAAUAAAUGGUUCAGGAAUAAAACAAAGUCAUUCCAGUGAUAAUUAUGUGCAGAUAUAUCAAACUGAAAAAGAAAAAUACAAAAUAUUGAAUAAAAAAAGUUUCUAA